AUGAACCCCUCCCUCCCUUCGUGGAAGGAUCGCACGCAACAACACUUCGGCAAGCUUCAGAUCCAAGUCCCAUGGCGCUCCAUUCAGCUAUUGGUUCCGCAUCGGAUGCGUCGCAAGAUCCGUUCAAAGCUGCGCAGUAGAAUCUCGCCCACGUCGUCCAUCUCCUCCCUCCAGACCUCCUUCUCCCCGGUCGACACUCUCCGUUCGCUCCAGAGCCAUCGGUGGACGCUCUACGACUUCCAAUACUUACUGCUGUUAAUUGUUGGGAUCUUUUCGCUGAGCGUCAUUGAGGUCCCGGGGCCUCUCGCAAAGACCGCUGUGUUUUCUCUGCUCCUGGUCUCUCUUCUUCUUCCUAUUACUCGCCAGUUCUUCCUGCCGUUUCUCCCCAUCGCCGGCUGGUUGAUCUUCUUCUAUGCUUGCCAGUUCAUUCCCAGCGAUUGGCGCCCAGCAAUCUGGGUCCGCGUCCUUCCGGCUUUGGAGAAUAUCUUAUAUGGCGCCAACAUCAGUAAUAUCUUGUCUGCUCACCAGAAUGUCGUUCUGGACGUCCUAGCGUGGCUCCCGUACGGUAUCUGCCACUACGGAGCGCCAUUUGUCGUCUCCCUCCUCCUGUUCAUCUUUGGUCCUCCUGGCACGGUGCCUCUCUUCGCCCGGACCUUCGGAUAUAUCAGCAUGACUGCCGUGACCAUUCAGCUGGUGUUCCCUUGUUCUCCCCCAUGGUAUGAGAACCUGUAUGGGCUGGCGCCGGCCGAUUAUUCGAUGGAAGGAAACGCCGCAGGCUUGAAGCGCAUUGACAAGCUCUUUGGUAUCGACUUGUAUACCUCUGGAUUCAAACAGUCGCCCGUUGUUUUUGGUGCCUUUCCGUCGUUGCACGCCGCUGACUCGACUCUCGCCGCCCUCUUCAUGAGCCAGGUCUUCCCGCGGCUGAAGCCCUUGUUCGUGACCUACACCCUCUGGAUGUGGUGGGCUACCAUGUACCUCUCCCACCACUACGCGGUGGACUUGGUUAGCGGUGGUUUGCUCGCGACGACGGCCUUUUACUUCGCCAAGACGCGAUUCAUGCCCCGCGUGCAGAACGACAAGAUGUUUCGUUGGGACUACGACUAUGUCGAGUACGGUGAUGCGACUCGGGAGUACGGUUACGAUUUGGCCAGCUUCGGCGGCGAAUUCAAUAUGGACAGCGAUGAAUGGACAGUUGGUUCCUCAUCUUCCGUCUCGUCCGGUUCGCUCAGUCCCGUUGACGACCACUACACAUGGGAACAUGAGUCUCUAGCGUCUCCCGCUACUGACAUUGAGUCCGGCCGUCACCUCCUCUCCCCCUUGAGUUGA